AGGCCCAGAGCCACACCAGCCCGGAGCUCCCCACCUCCGGCAGUUUCCGCGCCUGCCACUCUGCCUUCUGGCAUCCGGGCACACCAGAAAUUCAGCCUGGAGGAAACAGUGAGACUGGGUCCCCACCUGCAGCCACGCUGGGUGCUGUGGCAGCUCUGAAGGGUUUGCUGCUGGGACAUCAUGCCUCCAGUCUGGACCUUUGCAGACAGAAACCUUGGGCUGGAGUGGAUGGAGAAGGGGCGCUGGCAGGGGAACUUGGUGUGUUCAAAGAGGAAUCCCCGCAGUUCACUUGAGCUUCACCCGCAUCAGGAGCCGUGCCAGGGGACAGAGCCCACACUCAAUCCCAAUUUCACAGCAACUCAAGGCCUGUACGUAAACCAGGAUGAGCCAGCUUUCAUGGCAGCCCUGCUGAGGAAGCCCAUCCGCCUCCUGAGGACCUGUGGGAGCUGCCCCAGCCCGGCCGGCCCUCUCCAGGAGCGUUUCCCAGCAAGCAAACUUCGCAGAGCCCCAGCAGCCAGGCCAGGAUCACCCCAGUGGGGGUCUGAAGGAAAUGUGAGGUUUGCAGAAGCCCCAGCUCAUGAACCAGAGCCCACAUUCUACAGGAGGAGACGAGGACUCCACCCUUGGCUUUCCCAGCCUCCCUUGCAGCUCGGGCAUGAGAGCAUAAGCCAGGCUCAGCCAAUCAGACGACCCCUCAGCUUUGGCACCAGAAGCUGGCAUGCAAAGCAGCAGGGAUGUUGCAGGCCCUGCCCCAGUGAGGGUGGCGGCCGCUCACAAGGGCAGCCUGAGCACCGCAUUCUGUGACUACCAUCGGUGGUGCAGGCCAUGGGAGCUACACCUGCCCAGCAGUGGCAGCAGUGGUACAGAAAUGGUAGUGUAUGAUUUGGGGUUGUUCUUGGUUCCCUGAUCCCUCCAAAAUCCCCUGAGCCUCCUAUGCCCUUUAAUAAAUUCAUUUUCUGCUUAAAGCAA